AUGUGCUUGAGCUUCAGCGGAGCGCUCGCCUGGCAGAAAGGCCGUGCGGUGAGUCCAUGUUUGCAGUUGCGUGAUCGGGCAGCGGGUGUCACAUGCCUGAGCAGUACAGGUCUGCCUCGAACCCUGUCCGAACCAUCCGUACCCCUGCAGACGUACUACGGAACCGACGGAUGGAGCAUUCAUACUGGGUCGUGCGGCUUCGGCUAUCAGUGGCCAGAUGUGGGCACCGGGUUCGAUGUCGCAGCCAUCGCCGAUGCCGCUCCCGAGUUCGGUGGGUCGUGCGGACGCUGCUAUGAGGUGAAAUGCGACCCCCAGUCCGCCGUCCCUGACGGGGCCUACGAGCGCCUGAGCGAUGUGAAGUGGGGCGUCAUGGGCAUCCAGUACCAGGAGGUGCCUUGCACCAAGGCGGCCGACAACCCCGCGCCGCCCAUCGCCAACCCCACCCCACGUGAGCGCGCCGACUUGUUUUCCUCAGCUUUACCCCGGCCGAGCGUUUGA